UCUCAGCUGCUCGCAGUCCUGCUCAGUCUAGCGCCGGCAACGCUGAACUGGCGGCUGCAACUGCGAGAAACUUUUUGUGGCUUCGCUUCGCCUCUCUCCUCUUGUUGAAGAUGACCUAACUUCGAGAGAGCCUCUGCUGGCCAGGGAUCAGCUAAAGUGUGAGAGAAUCCCUCCCACCUCCAACACCACCAUCAUCAGCACUCGAGGGCUGCUCUGCAGAUGGGAGGUCACCAACAGGUCGUCUCUUUUGCCCAAAUGCACUAUCUGCUCUCCACCCUCAUCUAAGAUGGCUGCCCAUAGCCUUCUCCUGCACCCCAACAGACUGGAGCAGAGCUGCACGUUACCAUGGUGAUCAUUUCCUCAAAAACACUGGAAAAGAAGAAGGGUGUCAAUGAUGUAAGGUCCAAUAACAUCGAAAGACGGCUGCGUGAGCUCCACACCAUGAGCAGAGGAACCACCCUCCUCUCCUGUGGAACUGUGGAAGCAGAUAGGUGGCUGGACCUGGGGCGAAGCUGUGCCAUUCAGCAGAGGGCUCCCCACCAGUCUGGUGGUGCCAGUCUAGAGAACUUGUGGGAUGUGAUGCCUGAACCGGGGAACAGGCUCUGGGUCAAGGAGCCGGGUAGUACAACAGCAAUCACCAGUCUGAUAAGAGAUCUCAACCUCUGUGAUGGCAGUGUGACCAACCUGCACUCUCUCACCACGCCCACCACUGCACACUUCACCACUACAGCCACCAGCCAAGCUCCUGCAGCGCCCCCCAGCAAACGCCAGUGUCGCUCCCUGUCGUUCUCUGAUGAAUUCAGUGGUUUCCACUCAUCUUGGAGGCCCCAAGGCUCCCGUGUGUGGACGACAGUGGAGAAACGACGGUGCUUGAGCGGGGGGAGUGUCCGAGGUGGAGGUGGUUUUCCUGGUGGCCAUUUCCCCUCCAUGCAGCGUAGCUCCAGCUUCAGUUUGCCCUCGCGCUCCAGCAUCCCCACAGAUGGAGCCCUUGACCUGCCAUUCUUCAACCAGCGACUGCCUCUCCACCCUCAAUUCACUGCUUCUCCAAUCUCCCCUACCUCUCCUUCUGUGCAACAUCACCACUCCCGACAUCACCACUUCCUCAGACCUCUCUCCCUCUCCCAUGAGCAGAUCAGCUUGCCUGAGCUCCAGAGGGAGGAGGCAUCAGAGGCCAGCUCUCCAGACUCCACCCCAGAACUGGGGAGGCGAGCUGGCCAGAGAGCUGGGGGCACUGGGUGUCUGUCCCGGAGCAGGUCCCAGCCCUGCGUUCUAAACGACAAAAAGAUUGCUAUGAAGCGCAGGAGGCCAGAGGACGCCCAGGAGCAGCGGCCCUCCCUGGACUUGGCAAAGAUGACACAGAAACUUCAGACUUUUCAGAGCUUGAGCUGCCCUGGAUUCUCAUCCACUGAUGGCUGCCCAUCAAGAAUGCCUCUUCCCUCCUUUGAGACUACCGGCCAACCGGAUUCAGACUUCACUGCUGUGCCCGAUCUGGGACUGGAGUCACGGCAGGAAGUGACCGCAGACGAGGAGGAAGAGGAUUCCUCCUAUGAGGAACUGGAUAGCGACUCAACUUGUAGCGUGGACUCACGGCCCGGGUCUCCUGUAGGUGAUGUGUGCGGUAAACGCACCCUCUGGAAGGGUGAUUGUGGAACACAGAGGGACAUUUUCCAGCUGGGAGGCGAGCUGGAUCUUGACCAGAUUGAAAGAAACUGAACAUUUAUAGGAGAUUUUAAAAGACUGUGUCUGGACUG